CUCCCACUAUGUGGACCCAACCCAUGAAUAUUGUCUUCCGUGGGUUUUGGGGUGUAACUGUGUUUCUGGUUCCGGCAAACACUUUUCAAGGGCUGUUUUGGGCUACAAGCUAAUCCGCUCUCUGCUGAUCUCAUAUUUGAAAGAUUCUUAGCAAUGGCUGAAAAACGCACAAAAUCGCACACCACGUCGAAAAAGCCCCAAAAUCCGGCACAGCAAGCGCUGGAGAAGCUAUCGAACCAGCUGUCAUGUUCGGUGUGUCUGGAGGAGUACCGGAGACCCAGAGUGCUGCCCUGUCUCCACGUCUUCUGCGAGGCCUGUCUGGAGAAACUGGUCGGGACACGGAGAGACAAACUGAGCGCCCCGUGCCCCAACUGCCGCAAGCCGGCCCCUCUCCCUGAAGGGGGC